GUAGGUCUUUUACUCUGUUACAAUCUCUGGGUCUAUGUCACUGUGUUUGCAAAACCGAUAAUAACUAUUAAUCGAUCUUUGUCAGGUUUUAAAGUGGAGAGAAUUAAAACAUAGCCAUAGAUUUGUGAUCUUCUUUGUUGCUUCCUAUCAUUUAUAUCUACCAGUACCUUAUCGAUUGUUUGCUUUUUGUUGUUUGUUUGAGCAGCCGAGAGUAAGUGAGAGGUGGGUUUUGUGUGAGAGUGUUGAGUGUGGAGUGACUUACAGUGAGAGUGAGAGAGAGAGAGAAAGAGAGAGUUGAGGCUGGUUGAGGAGUGGAUUUAUGUCGGCUGGGUUUGCUUUGGCUUUGAUUGGGGCUCCGUUGAAGCUCUGGUUUUCUAUUUCUUCGAUUUCUCUGGUUGUUGCCGUUGUUGCUCUCUGUUGUAUGCUUCUCUGCUCUUUCAGGCAGAGGUUGAAUCUGGUGUUCCCAUCUGUUUCGAUGCGUUUGAUGCCAAGGCGGUAUGUGGGUUUUUCCUUUUAAUUUUUCUCUUAAACCCAUAUUACUGUUACUGAAUCUGAGAUGGUUUUUGUGUGGCUUUCGCAGGACUUGUUCUGGAGUGGAGUGUUUUGGAGAUUUUCACAUAAAGCAACGAUUUUUCUAUCUUUUCUUGUUUUUGAGAGGGGAUUUCACUUGAUACAACUCUGAUAAACCGAGAUCUUCUUUCAUUUUUUUCCUUUUUAUUUAUUUAUUUUUUUUUUUUUUUUUUUAGCUUCUGGGCAUUUUUGAGGGGGGGUUUGGUGGGUUUUAUUUACUCCUCGCAAAGAUGCCAGAGUUUCGAAAGCAGUUUAAUCAAAACAAGAAAACAAUUCGCGGGGACUCUCAAAUCACCAGGAAGGUCCGUGUAAUUUGUGAUGAUCCGUACGCUACCGAUUCAUCUUCAAGCGAAGAUGAAUCUGAGAGAAAUGACUCCAUAGUCAACAAAAGGAAGCGGUUCGUUCGUGAGAUUCAUAUACCGCUUGGCCCGGCUCUGCCGACGCCGGAGGCUGAGAGUUCUUUUGACAGUAACAACGAAGUCAAAAACCCCUCUAAAAAGAGGAAAUCCCCCAUAUCAACAACACCAUCUUCACCUUCAGGAAAACCCAAAGGUGUUCGACAACGAAAAUGGGGCAAAUGGGCCGCUGAGAUUCGAGACCCAUUUAAGAAAGGCCGGAUUUGGUUGGGUACUUACGAUACUAAAGAGGAAGCAGCCAGAGCCUAUGAGGUCAAAAGGCUUGAAUUCGAAGCUAGAGCCGCUGCAGCUGCGGCCGUCGCUGAUGAGGAGAAGAGUAACAUCUCUUCCUCAAAAAGUGACAUGUCAUCAUCUUCUUCACUUGUGGCUUCGAAUUCGCACACCAACAACAACAAUCCUGAUGUUGUUUCUUCUGAAGAGUCUGAGAGUGUUUUGUCUCAUAAUUCACCCGCUUCAGUUCUUGAACUGGAUACUUCUGGUUCAAAUCUCACUACCAAUUGCAAGGUUGAUUUGUUUAAAGAAGGGUUUGAUACUAAUUUUGAAGACCUUGAAAUACCCUUUUUUUUCAUGGACCAGCCAUUUGAGGAAGAGUUGGGAAAUUUCUUCAAUGAUGAUUGUGACCAACUAUUGGGUGAUUUUUGCAGCAUUGAUGAUCUUACUGUUAAUGUGGUUGAAGGAAACGAACCUAGCGCACUUCCUGAUUGCGAUUUCGAGUUGGAGUUUGGCAAUUUAGACUUCGCUUCUUUGGAGGAACAAGCAGUCCCCCUCAAUAUUGCCUGCCUUUAAGUUUUGCAGAUAGGAAUUAUUAUUAUUAUUAUAAUUAUUAUAACUAUUAGUACUAGUUUAUUAAUUAAGAAGAGAUCUCAGGGACUGUAAGAUGAGUUCUUGAGAGUGGGUUUUGUUCUGUUUUGUGAGUGAGAGUUUAUAGUUGUUUAUUUUUGUUGAGAAGAGAGAUGGUCUGAGGAAAAUGAUCUCAUGAAUUUUGUAGUAGAAUCCUUUGGGUUUUCUUGUGCUGCUAGAGCCGUCCAGAGGUUUCUCAUUUGUGUUUUCAAUGCCCUUGAGAGUUUUGUUCAAUUCCUCACCCCUCUCAUCAUUUUGUGUCCCAAGUUACUAUGAUAUGAAAUUUAGUUUCUAUAAUUGUUUCGUCU